GGUGGCGGCGGCCAUUUUGUCCGUCCUCCUUCUCCUCCUCCUACUCCUCCUCCUCUUCUUCCUCCUCCUCCUCCUCCUCCUGCUCCUGCUUUGAGCGCAGCGUCCGGAGCGGGCUGGGGAGAGAGCGAGAGUCCGAGAACAGAGUUCGGCGCCUUCUCCUCUGUCCCCAGCCAGAGCCCGUCGCCCCCCCUCCCCCCUUCCUCCCCUACCCCGCCCCCUUCCCUCCCCCGAUCCUGCCCUCUCCCCUCCCGCCCCCCCUUUCCCCCCGGUCCCGGGAUCUCUCCGUCUCACCCACCGCGAUGGAGGACGACGGGCAGCCCCGGACCCUACACACACAAGCUAAGACAUAUGGUUCUAUCUUCAGAAAACAAUGUGGUGUUAGCUAAUAGCUAUGUAGGUAAUCUCUCCAGGGAUGUGACAGAAGUCCUUAUUCUUCAGUUAUUCAGUCAAAUUGGACCAUGUAAAAGCUGUAAAAUGAUAACAGAGCAACCCGAUAGCAGAAGGGUCAACUCUUCUGUUGGAUUUUCUGUUUUGCAGCAUACAAGCAAUGACCCAUAUUGCUUUGUGGAAUUUUAUGAACACAGAGAUGCAGCUGCUGCAUUAGCGGCUAUGAAUGGGAGAAAAAUUUUGGGAAAGGAGGUCAAAGUAAACUGGGCAACAACACCAAGUAGCCAGAAAAAAGAUACCUCUAAUCACUUCCAUGUAUUUGUUGGAGAUUUGAGUCCAGAAAUAACAACAGAAGAUAUCAAAUCAGCAUUUGCUCCUUUUGGUAAAAUAUCGGAUGCUCGGGUAGUUAAAGAUAUGGCAACUGGAAAAUCAAAAGGCUAUGGUUUUGUAUCAUUUUAUAACAAACUGGAUGCAGAAAAUGCAAUUGUACAUAUGGGAGGUCAAUGGCUGGGAGGUCGUCAAAUCCGGACCAAUUGGGCAACACGUAAACCACCAGCUCCUAAAAGUACACAAGAAAAUAGCACAAAACAGUUGAGAUUUGAAGAUGUGGUAAAUCAGUCAAGUCCAAAAAAUUGUACUGUGUACUGUGGAGGAAUUGCUUCUGGGUUAACAGAUCAGCUUAUGAGACAGACAUUUUCACCGUUUGGACAAAUUAUGGAAAUAAGAGUUUUUCCUGAAAAGGGUUAUUCAUUUGUCAGAUUUUCAACACAUGAAAGUGCAGCCCAUGCCAUUGUUUCAGUAAAUGGUACGACAAUUGAAGGACACAUAGUUAAGUGUUAUUGGGGUAAAGAAUCUCCUGAUAUGACUAAAAACUUCCAGCAGGUUGACUAUAGCCAGUGGGGCCAGUGGAGUCAAGUGUAUGGAAAUCCACAACAAUAUGGACAAUACAUGGCAAACGGAUGGCAAGUGCCAUCCUAUGGAAUGUAUGGGCAAGCCUGGAAUCAGCAAGGAUUUGGAGUUGACCAAUCUCCAUCUGCAGCCUGGAUGGGUGGAUUUGGUGCUCAGCCUGCCCAAGGACAACCUGCUCCUGUAAUACCUAACCAAGCUGGAUAUGGCGUGGCGAGUUACCAAACACAGUGAGCUGGGACUCUUUAAACAAAAGGGUAAUUCAUGAUAGGCUUCAGUUUCCAGUGACAUUCUGAAGACAAGAACGUAGACAUCGGGAAAUGGAAAUAUUUAUUUUUAAAAUGGAAAUGUUUGGAACCUUUAGCACAGCUUUGCUUUGGUGAAGGACACACAUGUCUUCUAGUUCUGCCUUUUUAAGUUUUUGUUCAUGAUGGAUAUGAACAUGAUUUUUCUUUGUGUACAAAAACAAAAAUAAAGUCAAUAAAGACAAUUCUGACUACAAAUUUUGAUAUAGUAGCAGCAGAGAAGUGGGUUAUGAAUUUUGCUUCUUAUAUUACCAUUCCAUUUUUUUCUGUUCUGUCUUCACUGUUUUACAUCACUGUUCUAAAAGGAAAAAUCGGGCAUCUGGAAAUACAGUGAAUCACUUAUAAAUUCUAUACGAAUCUCGAAUCCUUUUUUCUUACUGGUGGACUCCAUAUUAUUUCAGCUGAAACAAUUGUCAUUCAGAAGAAACACAUACUCUGGAAGUAACUUAAGGGCAUUUAAUUAUUUUCUGAAUGCCCAAAGAAACUGAAGUUUGCCACAGAAAUGUUGCAAUCUAAAAGAACUGUCUGAUUUACUUGAACAAAUAUUUGUGGUCCACAUUGAGGCACAUAUCAAAAUGGUUUUUCUUAUUAAAAUUAUAGUAUAUUGCAUUUAAUUUUGGAAGCAAUUUUUUAGUGACUAUGUUUAUAUGAAAGUCAGGCAGUCAUACUUGGGCUUUUGCAUAAAGGUUGAAAAUUACACAUUGUAAAUAUUUAAUAACUACAAUGUUUUAAAGCAUGUUCAAACAUAGAAGUAACAAUCUGUUUGAAGUAAUACUUAAUAUAUUCUACUGCUUAUAAGUGGUAGAUAGACAAGAACGUGGAAGACUGUUGUUUCCAAAGUUGGUUAUUAUGUAAAGUUAUAUAAAUUGCCAUUCAGAAGGAGCCUUAAUUUUAAGUUCAUAAAUUUUUAAUGCAUUCAUGCAUUUAUAAAUAUAUCACUAAAUUUUUUUUAUUUUUUAUUUUUCUUUAUAUUAUUUGGUAUGUAAAUACCUUGGUUCAGAGACUUGUAAAUGUAUUUUAGGGUUACUAUAAGUUGUAUAGUGAGUGUUUUGAAAAUAUGGGGCGUGUUUUUUAAGUCUAAAAAUAUUUUGCCCAAGAAUUUUUUAAAUAAGAUUGUUAAAAACAUCCUAUUUUAGACUACUCAAUGUGCCAUUUGGAAAAUGCAGAUACAGUCAAAACAGUAUGCUGAGUUGUGACUUUCUUAUUUUUAAAGUUUAUGUCAAUGAGUGGUUUGCAUGUGAUGGACCUGUACAGAGGCUGGGUUUGUGUACUGAAUAUAAAUGGAUAAAUCAUGAAGAUGUUUUAGAUGGAUGAUUAUUUCUGAAUCAUUUUCUAGAUAAUUUGACUAAAACUGCCUCAAAUUUGUAGCUGAACGGGAAUAUAUAUCAGGCAAUUCUGUCUAUAUUAUAUAUGACAGCUAGGGGGUGCAAAUGUUUCAGCUGUGUAUUUGAAUACACUUGAGACAGAAACCCCAAAACUAGAAAAUAACACUUAACAGUCAAGUAAGUUACAACUUGCACUGAAAAAUUGCUAUUUUUAAAAGUUAAAGUUUCAGAGUAUAUGUAGUUUAAUAUAGGCAAUUUUAUUAGUAAAAGUUGCUGUAAUGUAUUUUUUUCUUUUCCCUUUAGUUAUACAUUUUACCCAAUUUAGUAUGUUUCUCCUUAUAAAUUCACAGAAGUUUUGUCCAAGUUGUGACUUUUGUGUCCAAAUUGAUAAAUUGAUAAAGUUCUUUCAUUUCUAUUAGAAAUGGAGGAGUUAGAAAAGAGCUGUUCUAGUCAGCAACUAUGCUUUUCUGUUAUAAAAUUUACCCAGUUAAGGUAAAUAUCCUGAGGGAUAGUAUUUUUUUUAAAAAGUUGUUUUAUAUUUUAAAUGGAGAAUAUCCAAGUGAGAAUAGUUUGUUUUCUGUAGUUAGGAAUUUAAAGAAUUAACUGAAUUUUAAGAACUGAACUUUUUAUUAUACAGUUAAAAAAAAAAGGCCUAGUUUUAAUCUGUCAGAUAGUUUUUAAUACUUUCUUCUUCUAAAUAAUUCUGGGUUUAAGUGUUCAAAUAAAUUUAAAGCAACAAUUUAGAUAUUUAACCAUGUUAUCUAUUGCCAUCAGUAUGCACUGACACAAUAUUUUAGGAUUUUAAUAAAAUCAUUUAGCAUUCAGCUUCAUUACUAUAAAUGGGCACAUGACUGAAGUGUCCUUGGCCUUAAUCUAGAAGGAUGAAGAACAAGAUUUCAUGAUCAGCUGAUGAAAAUGACUUAAGCAGUUUUUAUUUUAUGAGAUUUUUCCAAGUGACAUAACAUUUUCCCCUUCUUCCCCAACCCUUCAGAUCAAGCCUUCAAAUUAAUACAAGUUUAAGUGUUUCACUGAUUUGUUUCUUAACAUGAUAAGAGUUUUUUACUUUCUUCAUCCUAAUUCAAACUAAGGAUUGUUUUCUUUUUAAAUGUUCAUUUAAGAGCAUCAAUGAAGACUGCCUUUGGCACAAAAAAAAGCUUUGUGUCAAACUUCUGUGGAGGUUUAUUAUAGUGAUAUGUUUUUACUCUGCCAUUCUCUUUGCUCUGGUAAUUUAUUUACUAGUAUUAACGCCCUAUGCCACCACGACUUUAUUUCUACAACCCUUGGCAUUUAGUGGCUAUAUGUCUAGCCUACUUAUGCCAAAACUGUAAAUCACAGUUGAAGAAAGUCUUUAAAUAAAGACUAGACUGUAUGACAAGUGA